GGGGAGGUGGCUCCGGGGUCCCCGCACAGUCACACUCCGCGCAGUCACACACUUGGAAGCGCCUCCCCACGUCCCUCCCCUGCCCUCCUCUUGCUCUGCUCUUCUCUCUCUCACCACAAAUAGUCGCCGACCGACUGCCAAUCCGCCUCCCUCUCUCUCUCAACAACAUGACUGACUGGGAAGCGGUGGCUCAGGCAGAGCGGCUCUGCUGGCGCAGGCAGGCGGAGCAGGAGGAUUAUUAAAUAACGCGGCUCGACUCUGUGCCACUGGGACUGGAGAGAAGGAGCCCAACAGCCGAGAAGGGGAGGGAGGGCAGAGGAGGGGGAGCAGAGGAGACACCCCCGUGCCCCGAAGACAUAAAUCCCUGAGUGCCCGGGAGGAGCCUUAACAAGCGGCGCGGAACCCUCAAGGCUGCUAAGUUGGCUAUUACAGUGCAAGCCUUGGAGUCCCAAUGGGGGACUCUGGAUCAAGACGAUCUACCCUGGUCUCCCGGUUGCCAAUAUUCAGAAGAAGUAUUAGCAGAAGACAUGAUUCUCUUCCUUCCUCACCAUCCUCCAGUAAUACAGUUGGGGUCCACAGUUCCUCUCCUUCCAGCACUAACUCAAGCUCAGGUAGUACAGGUAAACGCAGGAGCAUCUUCCGUACUCCUUCCAUUAGUUUCCACCAUAAGAAGGGAAGUGAACCUAAGCAAGAACCUACAAACCAGAGUGUUAGUAUUUCAAAUGGUGCUGAAACUGGUCACAGCAGUAUGCAAAAACUGAGUGUGGAAGAACAUAUUAAAACCAGGGGAAGACAUUCUGUUGGUUUUAGUAGUUCACGAAAUAAGAAAAUAACAAGAUCUUUGACAGAGGAUUUUGAAAGGGAAAAAGAGCACUCAACUAAUAAGAAUGUCUUUAUAAAUUGCCUAAGUUCUGGCAAAAGUGAGGGGGAUGAUUCUGGAUUCACAGAAGAACAAACUCGCCGUUCCGUUAAGCAGUCAACAAAGAAGCUGCUUACUAAAUCUUUUUCGUCUCACCAUAAAUUUUCUAAGCCUGUUCCACAGAGCCAAUCCGUUUCAUUGGUACAACAAUCUGGAUUCUCGUUGGAAAUUACACAGUACCAAGAGAGGGAACCUGUGUUAGUAAGAGCUUCUCCAUCUUGUUCUGUGGAUGUAACAGAACGGGCAGGAAGCUCUUUGCAAUCUCCAUUGCUUUCUGCUGAUCUUACCACAGCUCAGACACCUUCAGAGUUCUUAGCCUUGACUGAAGAUUCUGUGUCUGAAGUGGAUGCGUUUCCUAAAAGUGGAAGCAUGGCAUCCCACUGUGAUAACUUUGGCCACAAUGAUUCUACCUCUCAGAUUUCUCCCAAUCCUGCUGCUGUUACAAAGACAAUAGACCUUAUGGGAACUGUUUCCUGUGCAAUUAUGUCUCCUGGGAAAUACAGGUUAGAAGGUCGAUAUAGCACUGAAUCUAAUUCCUUACCAGAAACCUCUGCUGCUAAUCAGAAGGAAGUGUUAUUGCAAAUCACUGAACUACCUAUUAUGAAUGGAAGUGACUCAGAGCCUCACCUGUCAGCAAAUACGCAAAGAGAACAACAUAUGGUGUUACAGAAUGGUGAAACAAUGCUGGCGACAAGCUCCCCCAAAAAACUUGGAUUUUACGAGCAACACAAAGCAAUAGCUGAACGUGUUAAAGGGAUCCAUCCUAUUUCAGAUUCAAGGAUAAUACCCUCUUCCGGUGAUCAUCAUGUUUUUAGCAAAACAUCGUAUGGAUGUGACGCAAAUCCUGCUAGAGUUCUUGCCAGUAGCCUCAGUCCGUAUCGUGAAGGAAGAUUUAUAGAGAGGCGACUGCGAUCCUCAUCAGAAGGAACUGCGGGGAGUAGCAGAAUGAUUUUGAAACCAAAAGAUGGAAAUGUUGAGGAAGUUAAUAGUCUAAGAAAGCAAAGAGCAAGUUCAUCAUCUUCAAAAAUGAACAGCAUGGAUGUUUUGAAUAAUUUGGGAUCUUGUGAACUAGAUGAAGAUGACCUAAUGCUUGAUCUAGAAUUUUUAGAGGAACAGAAUCUUCAUCCUUCGGUUUGCCGGGAGGAUUCAUACCGCUCUGUGGUGUCAUGUGCUGCUGUAGUUCUCACGCCUGUGGAACCAACAAUAGAAAUGAAAAAAAGAGAAGAACUGAAAUUUCCUGAACCUUCCAAACAGUAA